UUCACUGUGUGAACAAGUGUGUAUCAGUGGGGUAGUGGAUGCACCUGUCUUGGCUUUAACUCUAUUAACUCUACUAUUUUCACACAGACAGCACCAAAUCAGGAUGCCUUCUGGAAGGACUGUCAAGCUUAUCCUGUAUGAGGUGUUAGAAUUUGCAUGUCUGUGUGUGCCUGUGUUUGUGGUUCUGGAGCGCUUUGCAUCACUUCUAAGCUUUGUGGAAUUAAAUAACAGGACGGCUUACUGGUUGGUGGUGGCAGCAUCCAUAGCCUAUGUGACCUCUGUGUCCUUGUUUGUCUGGGUGCCACUAAAGUACUUCAUCCUGAAGUCCAGGGGUUUCCUUGAAGAAGUUACCCACUGGAGACCUGUCACUCUUGCCCAUGCACUUCUCUGCACGCUACCAUGUUUUGCCAUUGUCAUUUCCAGCUCGAAGGUUCAGUUGGAUGCAGAAAUUUUACAUGACCAUUUUAACGAGCUUCCUGUCUCUUUGGUGCUCUUUGCCCUCAUCUGUGUGGACAUUGUAGAGAGAAUUCGUCCAUAUCGCCUUCGAGGACAAGAUAGGCUAGACUUUGAGGUUCCUGGGCCUGUUCUGACUCACCUGGAGCAGGUGUCCACUGUGUCAUCGCAACUGCAAGCUAACAGAGCUGCAAAUGGCUCGGUGCUGAGGUCAGAAGGCAUAAACACAUCACCGACAGGACGCUGGGCCAACAUGGAUGGCAUCUCACGUACCUCCAGUACGGCCUACCUAUACUCUCACUCCCACUAUGACUUCGGGUGUCUUCGCUUCAUGUGUGUUAGAGAUCCUCGCCAUGAGCUCUUCCUGGAGACAUUUGUAUUCUGGCUGGAUACAGUGGAAAUGAUCAGAGUAGCUGGGGUUCAGAAGAUUUACUACUCAAAUUGGGUCUUUCCUAUCUACAUUCUAAGCUUUUUAUCAAUUUUGCGUGGGGUUUUAACUCCUCACAAUCCAAUGCUAACUACUUUAGGAGUAGUAGCCCAGGACCUGCCUUUCCUGGUUUUACGGGUCUGCCUGGUCAUUCUCUAUGGUUAUGUGACUCCGAUACUCUAUAUCAUGAAGAAUUUGCUCUCAUGUCUGACUUUUGUUUACUUUCACUUUUUGACAAAACUGAAGGUGUUUAACAGAGGAAGCAUGUUCUGAUACCUCAGAAGAGUAUGUGUGUGUUUGUGCGCGCGCGUGUGUAUUAAUUGUAAACCACUACAUUAUAUAUAAUAUACAGUGC